AUGGAUCUCAUGUUCAUUUUUGUGCUUGAUUCCCCUGUGUAUAUUGACCUUAUCCUUAGCAUCUCAGCUGAAAAACUUGAAGACAUACUUGUUCACUUGGAUCUUCAUAACUGUGUCAAGAAUUUGGGGAUUGGCCAAAGUUUGGGGAAAUCUACGUCUUUAGAGAAAGCCGAGGGAGAGACCGCCAUGGUUAUUUUCUUUCCCAGCAUGGCAAUAGGGGCUGUCUUCUAUGGAGAUUUCAUGCCACUGCUAUUAGAGAAUGUUUGUUAUUUGUCUAUUCAUGUUGGAAGCUUUAAUUUCGUGAUAUGCUAG